UGGUCUACUUUAGUCAAAUUCGACUGGGCGUUCCUCCGCCGGCCUCCGCCGUCAUCCCAAGCAAUAUGUCUCCAUUGGCCGCAGCCACUAGCUUCCAUGGCCUCCCCUUCCCUGAAUUCCCUCAAUACCCCUCUCUUCCCCGUCAUCACCUUCUCUUCCCUAAACCACCCUUUUCCCCUCUCUCCCACCCCACAACAUUUCUGAAGUUCCGGCUGGGUCAGCAUUAUCAAACAGGGCUUUUCAUUCGCCGUCCUCAGUACUCAAUUACAACAAAACCGCAAGAAUUUAGUGAUAGUACCUAUGAUCGAGAGCUUCGGUACGUGCUUGAGCUUGCUACAGACGCUGAAUUAUAUGAGCUUGAGCAAAUUUUAUUUGGUACAAGUUAUUUUAGUCCGUUAUUGAAGUCGAUUGCAAAAAAGGAAGAUAUUGAUUACUAUAUGAUUGGAGUGGACCCGGAGGAAAGAGAUGAGUAUAUAUCCAUGUUGGAGAAGAGAUUCUUGUACCUUGCUGCCGAUGCGCGCUCUGUUUUGAGGGGUUGGAGGCCUUCCUAUAGGAACAUACUUCUUGGAGUGAGGAAAAAGUUAAAUAUACCUUGUUCAUCUAAAUUGGCUACCGAGGAUCUAGAAGCAGAGAUUUUUCUUCACAUGCUGCAAGACUAUUCAGGACAAGCAUCUGGCAGCUUAAAUGGGUCACAGGAAAAUGUGAAAAAUUCUGAUGGCAAUGGUACUUUAGAACAUGGACUCAGUCAGUGGAAGGUCCAAACAGCUACUGCUUUAAGGGAUGGGGCUGCCGAUCUCAGAUCAAUGAUAUUGAAGGGUGGCGGGGUGCUCACACUGGGCAAAUUGUAUGAGCUGCUAGCAAAAGGAUUAUCUGGAAAGAUGUUCCAGGAAGCUGCCAAGUAUCAGCUGAAGAAUGAAUUGAUUAAAGAGGGGGCAAAGUUGGCAGCUGUCAAUCUUGAAUCCAGAGCGGCUUUGCAUGCUGCAAAGCAGGUAAAGAGUGUAGCAGGUGCAGCCUCCCGAUAUCUGGGGAUUAGGAGUAUGAUGACACUUUUGGGCCCAAUGCUCUGGGGAACUUUUCUCGCAGAUGUUGUCGUUCAAAUGCUCGGAACUGAUUAUGCUAGAAUCCUGCGGGCCAUCUAUGCAUUAGCACAGAUUCGCAUCCUCCACACCAAAUAGGUAUCCACAUGAUAUUAACUGAGAGCGGCCUGUGAAAAUUGUACAGCACGUCUUGUCAGAACUGACAUCUUGUUUUGCUUCACGUUGGAAGGUAUUUGCUGAAAAGUUAUCCGCAGGUUACAACUGGGAAGGUGGUUCCACUAUUUAAUCGGGCUAUUGUAUAUAGUACACAUAGACAGCUCUAGUUUCGUUCUUCAGAAAUUUUUGAUAGGAGAAGCUGGUUGUAUAUAUCUUAUUCGACUGCAGGACUGCUUUGACUGCAUUAUCUUAGUUAAGGCACUCACUUUGCCUAAUAUGAGUACUUCUGCAAGAUAUUAUUAUU